CACCUCUUUCAUAUCAUUAGUACACAAAACAACAUUUCUCACCAAAACUUCUCAAACCACUUAAACCUAGGAGAUGGCUUCAAAGCCCACAAUGUCCCUAGCAUUGCUCUCUUUAGUGGCAGUGCUAGUUCUGGCUGCGGGGGCUAAUGCAGGUGGAAUUGCCAUAUAUUGGGGUCAAAAUGGAAAUGAAGGCACAUUAGCCGAAACCUGUGCUUCAGGGAAUUACCAAUUUGUAAACAUAGCUUUUCUUUCCUCAUUUGGAAAUGGCCAAACCCCCGUGAUCAACCUCGCGGGUCACUGUGACCCAUCGACCGAUGAAUGUACCAAGUUAAGCCCACAGAUAAAGUCAUGCCAAGCUAAGGGGAUUAAGGUCAUUCUCUCCAUUGGAGGAGGUGCUGGCAGCUACUCUCUAACCUCUGCUGAUGAUGCAAGGCAAGUUGCUACUUAUCUGUGGAACAACUUCUUGGGAGGACACUCCUCUUCAAGGCCAUUGGGAGCUGCUGUUUUGGAUGGAAUUGACUUUGAUAUUGAGGGAGGGACCGACCAGCAUUGGGAUGACCUUGCAAGGUACCUCUCUGGAUAUAGCAAGAAAGGCAAGAAAGUUUACUUGACUGCUGCCCCACAAUGUCCCUUUCCUGAUGCUUGGGUUGGAAAUGCCCUUAAGACAGGCCUCUUUGACAAUGUUUGGGUUCAGUUCUACAACAACCCUCCCUGCCAGUACACUUCCGGCGAUGUGGCCAAUCUCGAAGACUCGUGGAAGCAGUGGACUUCAGCCAUUCCUGCACACAAGAUUUUCUUGGGAUUGCCAGCUGCACCUCAAGCUGCUGGCAGUGGAUUUAUUCCUGCAACUGAUCUCAACUCACAAAUCCUUCCAGCUAUAAAAAAUUCGGCCAAGUAUGGAGGUGUCAUGCUCUGGUCCAAGUAUUAUGAUGAUAUCACUGGAUACAGCUCCUCCAUCAAGAAUCAUGUCUAG